GGUUGCCGGAAGGGCCGCCCCGGCCAUGCCGAGCCUUGCCCGGUUCCUGCGGGUGCGGGCGGUGCCGGGGUGCACCGGCGGGACCAUGCCCGGGAAGGGAAAAGCAGCCGCCAAGGGCUCCGCGGAGCCGGGCGCCGCAACGGGACCGGUGGUGGCGGCGGGCGGCGGCUCCGUGAGGGUGGCGGUGCGCGCCAAGCCCGGCGCCCGCUGCAGCGCCGUCACAGAUGUGACAGCUGAGGCAGUAGGUGUAGCUAUUGCUGCACCUCCUUCAGAAGGGGAGGCAAAUGCAGAGCUGUGUCGCUACCUCUCCAAGGUGCUCCAAGUGAAGAAGAGUGACGUUACUUUAGAGAAGGGGGGUAAAUCACGUGACAAAGUGGUGAAGAUUUUGGUAUCAGCAACACCAGAUGAGAUUUUGGAAAAACUGAAAAAAGAAGCUUCCAGCUGAUCUAAAACAAGAGCAGGAUAUAGGAAAACGCAUCUUGGUGCUGUGUAAUUGAAGUUUUUCUGUAGGUUUGUUGGAAAACUGAGACUCUGUAUCUGCUUCUGUCACUACAGACUUCCUUCUGCUCUGGAGAGUUUCCUGUGGGUAAGAUUUGUCCUCUAUCCUGGUCCCUAAACAAAUGGUUUAGGAAAUAUUUUUCUUAGUGAUCAAAUGUUGGUUAAUGAAAUGAGAGGCUUGGAGUGACAGCCUUCUGUGUGGGAAGUGGUACAAAAGGACAAAUCUGGGUGUCAGAGACAUAAAGGACACUUUUUUUUCUCUCUGAUAUCUCAUAGCAGGUACUGUGUGCAGGUUUUCACUGUGGGCACUUACAGAUAUCCAAAAUAAAUGUAUUUGAAGCCAGUGUGCUGUUGUUGAUCACACAGACAAACUGAAAAUAGAAUCACCUGAACAACUGGAAGAAAACCAGUUUUCACUGUGUAAAACCAAUGCAGGAUCUGGUCAUUGUACACACGGGGUCACUUUGUGAUAGUCUUUGUAAAUAGUUUCCUUAAAAGUCGAGAUAUUGUCAUAUAUAUCUUUGCCAAUUGUAUGUCACCUGUAAUGAAUUUUUUUAAUAAAAGGGGCAAAAAGAA